UGCUCGCCUUCCUUUUCUCCAAACUCGCAAGCUAUCUCUCUUCUCCUUCUCCCUUUCGGUCCCGGGCUUCAAACUUCCAAAUUCCAAUUCCUUUCCUUGAGACGCAGGCCAUCCCGUAUUCCAAUCGGCCCCGCCGGCGCGCCUUUAAAAAGGACUGCCCGCGCUGCGCAGCUAGCGCAAACUCACGAGACGAAGAAAAAGACCGAUCGAUUCCUUGAUCUUCGAUGGGUAACCACCAGAAGCUCCUCCACUUCCUCCGGCCAGAUCCCGUGGCGGCCGCCUGCUCUCCAAGGUCCUUCUCCUCCUCUUCCGCUUCCGUCUCCGACGACGACGGGUACAGCUCGUCGUCCUCGCCGUCCAACUACAGCGCUGCGUCGACGUCCCCGCUCACGCCCAAUUCUCCCUGGGCGCACUUCCCGGGCCUCGGAGCCGGAGUCGCCGCCGACGCGAAGGCGGCGGCCACGGGCCUCGUGGCGUCGCUGGUGAAGGAGGACGGGCACGUCUACUCGCUGGCGGCCACGGGGGACGUGCUCUACACGGGGACCGACUCCAAGAACGUGCGCGUGUGGCGCGGCCAGCGCGAGCUCUCGGGGUUCCGGACGGCGAGCGGCCUGGUGAAGGCCAUCGUGGUGGCCGGCGACGGGCGCAUCUUCACGGGCCACCAGGACGGCAAGGUCCGCGUGUGGCGCCGCGACGACGGCGACGCGGGCGGCAAGCACCGCCAGGUGGGGUCGCUCCCGAAGCUGGCCGACUACCUCAAGAGCGCCGUGAACCCGUCCAGCUACGUGGAGACGCCGCGGCGGGGACAACAACGCGCGGUGUGGGUGCGGCACACGGACGCCGUGUCGUCGCUGAGCCUGGACGAGGGCGCCGGGCUGCUCUACUCGGCCUCGUGGGACCGGAGCUUCAAGUGCUGGCGCGUGUCCGACUCCAGGUGCCUCGACUCGGCGCCGCGCGCGCACGACGACGCCGUCAACGCCGUGGCCGCGGCAGGGUUCGACGACAUCGUCUUCACGGGCUCCGCCGACGGCACCGUCAAGGUCUGGCGCCGCGAGACCUCCACGUCCAAGGGCGACACGACCACGAGGCACGUGCUGGAGCGGGUGCUGAGGAAGGGCGAGAGCGCGGUGACGGCGAUCGCGGUGUCGCCCGCGGACCGCGUCGUGUACGUGGGCUCCUCGGACGGGCUCGUCACGUUCUGGCGCUGGACCGCGGCCCACGGCGGGGAGCCCAGGUACGGCGGCGUGCUGAGGGGCCACGAGCUUGGCGGCGUCAUGUGCCUGGCCGUGGCGCGGGACGUGGUCGUCAGCGGCUCGGCCGACCGGACGCUCCGCGUGUGGCGGCGGGUCGACGACGAAGGCGAGCGGCACGUGAGUCUCGCCGUGCUGGAAGGGCACACGGGGCCGGUCAGGUGCGUCGCCAUGGACGAGGAAGAGGUCGCCGACGACGGUAGUGGUGACCGGCGGUUCGUGGUGUACAGCGGGAGCCUCGACGGGUCGGUCAAGGUGUGGCGCCUGUCGUCGUCGGUUAAUACGGACCGGACGCCGGCUUCGUCGUUGUGGGGAAGCCGGGGGCAGGCCGGUAAUCCGGUGCCGCCGUACGCGGAGGCGUGGGCGCCGUACCAGACGCCGGAACUCAUCAAGCGCGUGGCAGCUGCGUGAGGGCGAAGAAAUCGCACGUAGUUAGGCAUGCAGAAGAAUGUGCGGCUCACACGCCCGUGUACUGUAGCGGAACUUACUAGGGACUAGAGAGAGUGUGCAUAGACGUGCAACACAGGGCACUGGAGCUGGAGUGCUACUGGUACGAGUUUGCAAGUGUAAUUUUCAGAUGGGAAAUCAAAUGUGUGGUUGGGACUUGGAGUGGCACGGAUCUUGGUAUGGGCGGUUGGUUUGAUUGUGAGAGAUAGGAUCGCGGGCCUUGUCAAAGUCCAAUUUAAAUGGAAGAGACAAUUUUUUAUGAUAC